UUCUCUUCACCUUUCUGUUGGAUCACUCUGUGACAGAUUGUGAGUGCAGAGGACUGAGUUUUUAGUUUCUACACUGAGACGAUGUGAUGCUGCAGACAAACUGAGGUUUUUAGCCAGGUGGACUGACUGUCUCAGUGUCUGCAUGAUGAUCCGUCCACAGGAAGAAGAUGAGGUCAUUCAUCAGCAGGAAGGUGAAGAAGAAGCUGCAGUCACAGCUGAGAUGUCUGAGAAGAUCCAGAAUUACAGGACCGCUCCUUUUGACGCCCGAUUCCCCAACACCAACCAGACCCGCAAYUGUUACCAGAACUAUCUGGAUUUCCACAGAUGUAGCAAAGCUCUGUCAGCUAAAGACCAGGACCCAGCUCCCUGUGAGUGGUACCGCCGGGUCUACAAGAGCAUCUGUCCCAUGGACUGGGUUCAGAGAUGGGACGAUCAGCUGGAGGAAGGAAGCUUCGCCGGGAAGAUUUGAUCUCACUUUUCUUCUGUCGCCAAUUUACUGUGAAACAUUCCAGUAUUUUUGUGUCGACGUAACAAACUAAAACAAGUUAUUUUAAAGGGAACCACGUUAAACUUGAACUAAUUAACUGUAGUGUUGAUUUAUUGUUUCACUUUAGAUAACAUCACAAAUUCUAUCAAAUAAACACAUGUUGAUUAGUAAGGCCAAAGAAGUAAACAAACACGCUUGAUAUGCAAACCUGAAAGAAGAGUUUUAGUCAUGAAUGAUUACAAAGUAAAACCUGUUUGUGAUAUUAGUGAAUAUGCAUAAAAUUAUUUUGUACUCCUCUUGUAAGGAGCAAAUCAUAAAACUGAAAUUAAAUUAUCUCAAAGUUUAAAAGGAAAUAAAGUAUGAAAACAAAAUAAAUGGACCAAAUACAAAUUAUGGAGCAUCUUUAUAUGUAGUUUUAAUAAAAUAUUAUUUUUGUGUCGAUUUAAAGUUUGUAGUAUUUGACAUUGUGAUAUUUUGAGAAACUCUAAACAAAAGCGUUUUUGUGAUGAAUUUUAAAUUAUUAAAUGUGACAAAUCUCUGCAAAUGUCAUUUUGCUUCAUUAGAUUUAUUCUAACUGACUCUGAACCAAGAAAGGAUUUAAUGCMACUAAAGUCACAUUAAGUUUAUUUAAAUAAACACGACUCCAAURCAUUAAACACGUAAGAUUUAUUAAAACACUGAUCAAAUCAAA